AUGUCGACUUCCCACGCGGACUCCAGUCGCGUUCAUCCCCGCCGCCGGCCGGUCAUAAGUGCAGACCUCCCAUCUCUAGUUACUGCGGCUGCAGAUUCCUCUAAAAUGAGCUUGAAAAAGGGAGAGACAUUCCACACCCCCACUUCCCCUCCAUCAAACGAUCGAGGUGAUCCUGUCUUGAAUAUUCGCUCUCUUCCACGUCGCUGCCCUACUUCCCUAGAGGCCAUUACUGCCAGUGAAGAGCGUAUGACGUCGAUUCUGAACCGUCUGACUUUGGACUGCUCAGAGGAUUCAAAUGAAGAAUCAUCGGCAUCCAAAGAGAAGCCAACAUCUGGGAACGUUUCAAACGAUCAUGCUGAUCAAGACCCCUCACCACGUGACUCUCGUCGCCCAUCUGUCUCGCAGGGUGUGAAGAAAACACAAGAGCAUGGUCAUGAGUCUGACAGUGGUCUUGGAACAUCUGUGAGCAGUCAUGAAGAUUCAUCCGAUGAAAAUGAACAAACAGAGCUGCCUACCGCUUCACCGCAGCCCCCAAUCUCUGGGUCAACCUCAACUUCAACUUUUGUCGCCGGGUCAACUGAAAAGCGGCAAUUAUCAUUGUCCGCCUGUAAACAAAUUGAGAAGUAUAUGUUGGCACCCAUCUUGCGAGAGCCUAAACUUAAACCAUUCCACACACUGGUUAAGUCUAUUCCCAAACGUAUUGUCAACAAACAAAUCGUUUGCCUUCGGGACUUGGAGAAAACCCUCCUUUGGCUAGCCCCGAAGUUCUCGAGUACUCGAAACGCUUACCUCAGCUUUGCGGAAUUUACGAUUCAGUGUUUGCAUACUUCGGCUUCUCAUCUCAACGACCGCGACCAGCGGCUUCCAGCUGAUCGCCCUUACACUAACGGUUACUUCCUCGAUCUUGUUUCCCAGGUUCGACGGUACGCAGCAAUGAUUCGAGUUUCUCGAGAGCGUGCCCAGGCUAGAGCCGCCGAGGACGCCAAGGAUGCUCCCAAAGAUGCUCCCACUACCACCAAAGACGACCAAUUGUCGCUGAUUACAGGCGCUGUCCUCGAGGGUGGUCUAUCAAAGGAUGGCAAGCCGGCCCAGCUCGUUGUUAUGCACGAAGGAAAACGCAUAUCUAUGCUUACCGGUCGUCCUGUAGACGAGACCGAUGCCAGCGUUCCGACUUUCAAGCGUCAUAUCAGCUUCGACGAACGAGUCGACGAAGGCGUCCAGCGUUCCAUGGCUCGUCGCAAGAAGAACGCCCCACCGAUGGAUAUCAACCAGAAGUGUGCUCAUUGUGACAAAAUCUUCAAACGUCCGUGUGACCUGACCAAGCACGAGAAGACUCAUUCUCGCCCUUGGAAGUGUACCGACGCCACGUGCAAGUAUUACCAGCUUGGCUGGCCCACCGAGAAAGAGCGCGAUCGUCAUAUGAACGACAAGCACUCUGAUGCUCCUGCAAUGUACAAAUGCAACUUCCAGCCUUGCACUUAUGCCUCCAAGCGUGAGAGCAACUGCAAGCAACAUAUGGAGAAGGCCCAUGGCUGGGUUUAUGUUCGGUCCAAGAACAAUGCCCGCGGUGGUAGCAAGCGUGGUUCUUCCAUCCAAGCUUCUCGCACUCCUAGCGUCUCUACCCCCGCUUCCAAGUCGAUGGGCUUCUCCACGCCUGGCUCAGGUACAGGCCCUAGCCCGUCCCCAAGGCCUUCCCUGUUCCAGGACCCGCCAUUCAACUUCAAUGACCCUCCUGUGCCUAGCGACGAAUACAAUCACAUCUUUGAUGAAUCGCCAUACUCUGCCUCCAGCGGCAUGGCCAGCGACAUCAUGAUGCCAUCGCUGAACCUGGAUUCUUUCGAGAACCAAUUCCAGUCUGGCAAUCCCAAUGAACUUAUUCCCGCUCUUGAAAUGCAUCGCCAGUCAAUGAACACCAUGUCGGUUCCAUCGGCCAACUCCGUUCCCGACCUUAUGAAUGUCUCUGGCUCUGCUUACGACGAUUCACCCAUGGCUGCGCACAGCGACGGUUUCAACUUCGACCUUGAAUGGGGUCGUCUCGAGCUUUCCGACGUGGGCAAUCAGGAAUACACUGCUAUGCACAUGUCCGACAAUGUCUGCAACCAGCCUGGUGCUAUGGGCAUGGGACAUGCUAUGAAGGACAUUGAUGGUCUCUCCCCUCGUGCUCAGGCUAAUUUGAUGCUGUACUCCCCGGGCUCUGGUAUGGAGCAUUACGAUUAUGCCCAGCGUCACCCUCAGGGAUCUGACUUCACUCUUUACGGGGAGCAAAAUGGCAUGAACAUGGUCCAAAUCCAGCCCCAUGUCGCUCAGCACCAGGCCACUCGCCACUUUGCCACUUCCCAGGGAAUGUUCCCACCUCUCAAUGAACAUGACCACGUUCUCCAGGGUAUGCAAUCUUGGCCCGAGACACACCAGUAUGGAAAUCAGGAUGCCCACGUUUCCAACGGCCUGGACUUGGAGUUCAUGAAAUAA